AACAAUUCAUUUCUAUCGUUUCCCAUAAGAUCCUAUCACUGCCACUUCUCUGUUUCCAAUCUUAGAAUUUUGUACGAUCGCCUCCUGGAAGUUAGAGCUGACCCACCAUCGCAUUUUCUUGGUGCCCGAACAGAAGCGCGGACACCCGCUAGCUCUGGACUUUACCGGACUCAAGGGGUGGUCAGAAGGUUAUAUUACUAUCUGCGCCCUUGCACCCUGCGGUCUUGAUCGUUAUCUAUCGAUCAUCCUGAAGAUCAGUCGCUCGAGCGUACCGAUUGCGACGCAUAACAAUCAACAUGGUCGAGUCUAACGUUGACAAGUACAUCGAGAACGCAGAGAAGGAUGCCAGCCCAGAUCGUUUCGGACCUCCAGUCGUGGAUCCAGAGAAGGAAGAAAGACAUGAACAGAUUGCGCGAACAUCCACAGUAUCAAGCUCCUCCACAUCAUCCUCGGAAGCGUCAGACAUCGAGCGCGAGGCUGCCAUGUCUCGCGUACCCACACAACGCGACACUGGUACAGAACUUGAGCGCCACGAGACAGCCUUGAGCCGAAUUCACACUCAGCGCAGCCAACACUCUGGAACAGUAGGUGCCAGCUUACGAAGUAGGAUGAGUAGGAAACCGUUGCCAGCCUUUGGAGCAGGGAAGCCGUACCCACCACCACUACCGGAGCGCGAGGCGUAUGUUGUGGAAUUCGAUGGGCAUGACGAUCCUUUGCAUGCCCAGAACUGGCCGUUGAAGAAGAAGCUUGUGACCGCUGCUAUGCUCGGCUUCACAACCCUUACGGCUGCGUUCGGUUCGAGUAUUAUCUCGAGUGCGACGGGGGCUAUUGCGCAGAUCUAUGGUGUCGGAUCCGUUGUUGCGACACUUGCGACCUCGCUCUACGUUCUUGGGUUUGCAACAGGUCCUAUCCUAUGGGCGCCUUUCUCUGAGCUGAAGGGUCGACGACUACCGCUCGUUAUUGCCUCUUUUGGUUUCUCCAUCUUCAACAUCUCAGUCGCAGUAUCCAAGGAUCUACAGACUCUACUAAUCUGUCGAUUUUUCAGUGGCUUUUUUGGAGCUUGUCCUCUCACUUGUGUCGCCGCCGUCUUCUCUGACAUGUUCGACAAUCGCACUCGUGGAAUGGCCAUCACUAUCUUCUCCAUGACUGUCUUCACCGGCCCGCUUAUGGCACCCUUUAUCGGUGGCUUCAUCGUCAUGUCUGACCUCGGCUACCGCUGGACAGAGUACAUUGUAUCCUUUAUGGGUUUCUUCUGCUUUGCCUGCAACCUGCUUUUCCUUUCCGAGUCCUACCCACCCCAGAUCCUCGUCAGCAAAGCUGCUGAGCUGCGUCGCCGGACUAAGAAUUGGGGCAUCCACGCCAAACAAGAGGAAAUCGAGAUUGACUUCAUGGAGCUCAUCGAGAAGAACUUCUCCAGGCCGCUCAAGAUGUUGGUCACUGAGCGCAUUGUGCUGCUUCUGAGCAUCUAUAUGGCUUUCAUCUACGGACUGCUUUACCUCUUCCUUACGGCCUACCCAUUGGUAUUCCAGGGUGUCCACGGUAUGAACCUCGGUGUUGGAGGCCUUCCGUUCUUUGGUAUGAUUAUUGGUCAGCUGCUUGCUGGUACUCUGAUAUUCGCGCGCCAGCCAGGAUACCAAAAGAAGCUCGCUGCAAACAAUAACAUUCCCAUCCCUGAGUGGCGUCUGCCGGAAGUUAUCGUUGGAGGUGCGUGCUUUGCGGUUGGUCUUUUCUGGUUUGGUUGGACAGGAUACAACCCUAACAUUCACUGGAUCGUCCCCACCAUUUCUGGUAUACUCACCGGUUUCGGCCUCCUCGCUAUCUUUCUCCAAGCGCUCAACUACCUCGUCGAUGCAUACCUCAUGUUCGCUGCGUCUGCCAUCGCCGCCAACACGUUCCUGCGUAGCUUGUGUGGAGCUGCAUUCCCUCUCUUCGCACGCCAGAUGUUCGAGGGUAUGGGCAUUCAGUGGGCCUCCACUAUGCUCGGCAUUCUCGCCGUAUUGUUGAUUCCUGUACCUGUGUGGUUCUACUUCAGAGGUGCAAAGAUCAGGGAGAAAAGCGCUUAUGCGCCAACCUUCCCCAAGCCGGCUGCGGCGGAGGUAGAGGAGUUAUCCCAAGAGUAA